AUGACUGUACUGUUGUUCAUACUGACUUCAAUUGUUUGUAUACCUACUGGCUAUUUAGCCUAUAUAAGUUACGCUUACUCAGGUCUAGAAAAGCCUGGUUUUAAUUAUGGUACUCUUUGGUUUAUUGAAAGGCCACUGCCACCGCUGGUACUUGCUGACUUGGUACGUUUCCUACCCUACCCCUACCCUAUCCUACCCUACUCGAUCUUACCCUAUCUUACCCUACUCAAUUCUACUUUACCUGCUAGACUAUUGUUAAUUCAGCACAAUGUAGUUAUUGACAAAGUUUUAGAAAAGCGACUACUUGAAGAUUUUAGUAGGAAUUGUUACACCCUGCACUUUUGCAGCAUAUUUGUUGUCAAUCAUACUUGCAUGGUUAACUUUACGUUACCUAAGAAAACACAGAUCUGUUCAGUCAGUCCAAACUUUAAAACUGCAACGACAACUUUCUCAAUGUUUGUUAAUGCAGGUAAGUUGACAAACUAAAUUAUAUAUCUAUAUGCAAAUUGAGAUUAGACCAGAGUUCACAUGUUAUUUUAGAACAUACUCCCCUUAUUCACCAGCGCAGCGCCAGUUAUUUUCUUUUCAAUACCAAUCAUAUUUGGCUUACAAGUGGAUAAUUCUGUCACAAUCGCGUCAAUGUUUCUUUCAUGGGUACCAAUCUGCAACCCGGUGAUAACAAUACUUGUGAUAACACCAUACAAAGCUGCCGUUCUCAGAUGGUUGGAUAAGCUUUGGUGCGGUUUGUUGAAAAGAAACAAGCUAACAAUAAAGACUAUGGCAUUGACAAAUGGCAGCAGCAUGAUUCUAACGUGA